AUGAAACUUUCCACCAUCCUCGCCACCUCCCUCACUCUCCUCCUCUCAACCCCAGCCGUCCUCUCAAUCCCCACCGUUCUCCCCACUCCAACCCUGCACCUCAUCGGCGACUCCACCUGCGCCGGCAGCUCGGGCGUCCUCAAAGGCUGGGGCCAAUAUCUCUCUGCCUAUUUCUCUCCCGAUAAACUCACGAUUAACAACGCAUGCAAAGGCGGGCGCUCAUCCCGCACCUACAUAACUGAAGGUCAUCUUGCUGCUGUCGUGGACGCUAUUAGGCCGGGCGAGGUGGUGCUUUUCGCGUUUGGGCAUAAUGACCAGUCUCCGCUGACGGAUGCGAGCAGGUCGAGGGGUGUGAUUCGGGGUUUUGGCGCGCAGUUCGAAGACACUAUCAACGGCGUAACGCAUAAACCGGAGCGGGUGUACACCUACGGGCAUUACUUGACCAAAAUCAUCGCGGCGGUCAAAUCCAAAGGCGGGAUUCCAGUCCCGAUGUCGCAGACCUUACGAAAGAAAUUUAACAACGGCAAGAUCUUGCGUGGGGAUAACUGGAGCAGUUGGGCUUCGACCGUUGCCAAAAAACAAAACACGGCAUACCUCGACCCAAGGCAGAUUGCGGCGGAUGCGCUUGAUCGGAUGGGCGAAGCAAAAGCAGCGGCGCUGUAUCCGCUAGAUUCGACGCAUAUGGGGGAGGUGGGGGCCGUUUUACAUGCUGAAGCGGUUGUGAAGGCGAUCAAGUGUGUCGGGUUGAAGCCCUUGGUGAACGCGUUGUCGGUGAAGGGGAGAGCGGUGCCUAGAGCUGCUAGCUAG